AUAAUUCAGUUGUUUGUUACUACUGCUCUCGGGUGGAUAUCCGAACGCGAUUGACCGCUUACGUUUUAUUGCGCCCUACGCGGCCGCCUAGCUUUUCGCGUGUGCCUAUUAAAACGUUGAUUUAAAAAAAAAGUGCAGUGUACUUACUUUUUUUUGUAUUAUAGUCUGUGGAUUUUUUUGUUUUUUAAAGUUUUCUUUAUUUUUUUUUCUUGUUGUUCAUAGGUACAUAAUGUAAAUCUCGUCACACGACAAAAAUGUCUUCCCAGAUCAUGUCGCAUGGUAUCUAUCGUCGGGAUUCAAACGAAAUCCAAGAGAAACCGCUAGAAAUCGACACAGAAUCGAACCCAGACCGCAGCCGUUCCAACAGCCCUAAAAACAUGAAAUUUUAUAAACAAAUCGAUGAGGAAAAGACCAUUUUGAACCAAGGAAAGAAAUCUUUUUGUAUAGACGCGUUACUUUCAAGACAGUUGCCUGAAAAUAGUCUUCAGGAUAAAAUGGCUCAUCAGAAAUAUUUGACAAUAAUUCAUAAUAAAAACUACAUCGGAAGGUAUCAGGAGAAUUAUGAUUCCCAGAUUGAGCAGAAUAUGAUCAACAAAUGUGAAGGUCGGGAGAGUCCUACGUCUGGGCAGCGGAGCCCCAGGUCUGGGCAGAGCAGUCGCUCGGCUAGUCCAGGGUCUGAUGAUGGGAAUCGGUCUGGGAGCUACAGUCCACCCAUUUCGCCAGGAGUGGAAGGUGGGAAUGAGGAGUAUGAGAGUUAUAGACCAGGUAUCAUCCCAAAGCCAGGACUAUUACCCCAGAACCCAGCGCUAGUGGCUGCGCAGUCAGCAGCACUCUUCAACUACCCCCAGCUGUCCCAACCUGGGGCUCUGCCCCCCGGGGCUCCACUACCGUCCGCCUUCCACCACCCAGGAGACAGGGUGCUGCACCACAUGCAACUGGAGUGGUUAGCAAGAACCGGCAUGUUUUAUCAUAGGAUACCUGAGCUUGGAGGUGCCCCUCACGCUCUCCUCGGCAAGACCAGGAGGCCCCGCACAGCCUUCACGUCGCAGCAACUGCUCGAGCUGGAGAAACAGUUCCGGAUGAACAAGUACCUCUCCAGACCGAAGAGGUUCGAAGUGGCUACCAGCUUGAUGCUCACGGAGACUCAGGUAAAAAUUUGGUUCCAAAACAGAAGAAUGAAGUGGAAACGAUCAAAAAAAGCGCAACAGGACUCCAAGAAUAAAGACACGCCACAGACUGAGGACAAAAAGCCCAAAGAAAUACAAAACGAACAGGAAAAGCCGCCAUCAAUGGCGGGAGAUUUGACAGCUGUCAAACCUAUGCUAGACAGGGACAGAAUUAUCGCGCUAGAGCGAGAAAGGGCAAUGGCUGCGGCGAAUUUUAAUUCGAAUUUGGAAAAUAGGCGCGGAUUGGUCGUUAUGAAUCAAGAUGGCGGGAGACCUAUGGACAUGUUUAGGCCGUAUGUGGUAUGAAAGUAAAAUUACCUUUUCGUUUUUUAUUAAUUCAUUGUUUUUUAUAAAGAAGAACUUAUAAUUUAGAUUAUUUUUGUUAAAUAAGAAUCCUUUUUUUAUUUUCCGAGUUGAGU